CCCGAAUUUGACUAUCGGCACGAGCUGAUGGGUCGUUUGCAUAAAAUCGAGCCAGACGUUGAACUUGAAGUAUUAGCCGCUGCACCGCACCACCACCAUCAUCAUCACCACCUGCACCAUCAUCAGCAUCAUCAUCAGCAUUUGCAUCAGCAUCAGAACCAGCAUCAAGUUUAUUCGCCGCAAAGUAAUCAUAGUGGCAGUAAUACGCUUGAUCAUUGGCAGCAGCAACAACAACAGCAGUUGCAACACACGACCAAUAAUAGUAGCAGUAGCAGCAAUCAUGAGCAUGCAACUUAUGUUCAACACUCGUCGGCAUCUGCGUCCGUGGUCGUAUCUGCGUCAACAACAGUCGCUGCACUACCGCAACCAUCAUCCUCAAGCUCAGCUGGCGCUGUGCCACCACAAACUGCCACAUCAUCAUCCUCAGUAUCCGCCUCUGUUAGUGAUAAUCCCGCCGACACCUCAACCUCUCCCCACACCAGUGCGAGUAUUGCCGCCUAUGCGAGUUGCACGUCGGCUUACGACAAUGGCGCGGCAGUGGCGUAUGAAAUAGCCAGCGCUUAUGGUGCGACGAAUGCCACAGCGUCAGCGACAGCGGUGGCGGUGGCUGAUAAGGAAUAUUUAUUUGAUACCAAAAACAAAGAGGCUCUAUGCAACCCCUACGCUGAUCUCGAUGAUCCUUACCAGCGCCCAGCUCUGUGGGAGGAUAUCGCCAGCUCAAUACAAAAUAUCGAUCCUGAGAAUGCGCUCAUGUUAGGCAACAGCUCAAGUUCAACGGUGGCAUCGGUGACUGGUGGCACAUCACACUUAGCACUUAUUGGCAGCAGCAGCAGCAGCGGCAACGCGAACAGUGGUGUAGAUGGUGGCAACACAUUGUUGCCACAAGUGAAAAUGGAGGCAAUCGAUGAUACGCUGCUGGAAACAUUGUCCACCCCAUUGCUCAGUCCCAUGGAGAUAAAGACGGAGAAGCCAGCGCUACAACAACACACACACCUGCACGCACAACAACAUUAUGGCCAUUAUCAACUGCCACCGCAACACCAACACCAUCAACAUCAUGCGCAAGCACAACAACAACAACAGCAGCAACAUCUCUAUCAGCAUCAUCCCAGCUUAAGUGGGAACGGCGGUGCCGAUCUCGCUGCUACCAAUGAUGAUGACACUAUAACGCUAAUGCAGUUGCAUCAGCAGCACCAGCAACAUCAUCAGCAGCAGCAGCAACACAUGGCCUCCUCUUUGAAUAGCAGCAAUAGCAAUAGUCCUAAUCAACCAAAUCGUUGCAGCAGCACCGCAAGCAGUCACAAUGCCGAGCUGAGUGGCAGCAAUAUUGCAAGUGGUGGUGGUGGUGUUGUCGGCAACAGCGCCUUAAACGGCAGUGAUAAUAAUAAUAGCAAUAUUUCCUAUCAACAAUAUGCAUCUCAACAACACUUAAGUAGCAGCAAUAAUUAUCUCAAUGGUGGUGGCGGAGGCGGCUGCAGCAACAGUGGACUUGUGGCCUCCUCCUCGGCGAAUGUGACGAUCAGCACGUCCGUAACGCUGACCAACUUAACAGCGGCUACGACGCUGGACGGCAGUGCGAGCAAUAAUAACAACAAUAAUACAACAAUGAAUAACAACUUGCACGAGAGCUACGGUUAUAGCUGGCAUAGUAAUCAGCCGUAUCACCCCAAAUACCAAAUACCGCCACCACCUCUAACGAACUCAACGCUGCAUCAACAACAACAACAGCAGCAGCAGCAACAACAGCCAUCACAAUCAAAUCCGCAACUUUGCCCACCUGCAGCACCCACAGCCGCCAGCAUUAGCAGCAAUUCAAUGUCAACGCGACACAUAUUUGUACCGCCAUUAACACCGCCCAGUUCAGAUCCCGGAAGUCCGGGUAGUUCAAUGGUAGCCGCAGCAGCAGCUGCAGCAGCAGCGGCGGCGGCUGCGGUAGCGGCGUCUAGUGGUAAUACGCAACAACAAUCAGCACGACGCACCACGCCCCCGCCACCCUAUCAACAACAACAACAACAAUUGCUGCAACAGCAGCAACAACAACAACUACAACACCAACACCACCACCAGCAGGGUCGUCCACUUUCAAGUAUUUGCCCCAACAUGACGCCACUGCACUCCUCUGUGCACCAUUUAAGUCCAGGCCGUACGCUAACUCCACUCAGCGCUAACGGUAUUGGCGCAGGCAUCGAUAUUAGCAGUGGAUUUCAUGGUAUCAACAGCAGUGGUAGCGGUGGUGGAGUUAUCGGUAGCGGUCGGGGACGAGGGCGAGGCGGUGGUGCCAGUGCACCGGCACACCUGGCAAAUCUGAUUGUGCCGACGAUACGCUCGGUGCGCUACAAUCGGCGUAACAACCCGGAGUUGGAGAAGCGGCGCAUACAUCAUUGCGAUUUCGAGGGUUGUUCGAAAGUCUAUACGAAGAGUUCACACCUGAAGGCGCACCAGCGUAUUCAUACGGGCGAGAAGCCCUACACCUGCCAAUGGCCCGAGUGUGAAUGGCGUUUUGCGCGCUCCGAUGAACUGACGCGUCACUAUCGCAAACAUACCGGCGCCAAACCCUUCAAAUGUGUUGUCUGCGAGCGCAGCUUUGCGCGUUCCGAUCACUUGGCACUGCAUAUGAAACGACAUUUGCCCAAAAAUAAAUAAUACGCAAUGUAAGGGAGUGCAAGUGAAAAUCAAAAAAAAAAAAAAAAACAAAGACCACAACAAGCAACUAUUAGCUAUUAAGUAUCUAAAAUGAAGUUAUUAGCAAAAAUAUAUAUAAUAUGAAAAAUAAAAUAUGAUCAUAGAGAAACAUAAGAAAAAAAAAAAUACAAAAAAAAACCAAUCAAACAAGAACGAACACAAACAAAUCCAAAGGACUUUAGUUAUUAUUACUGAUGCAAAAUACAUAAAUAAAAUAAAUAAAAAAUACAUAUAAAUUAUUUUAUUGAAAUGAUAUGAAUGCAAUCAAAUCAAACCAACACCGCCGCCAAUGCCUCAAUUGAACCUUUAUUAUUAUUAAACAAGUUUUUCAGUUAAAAAUGAAUUGAAAAGAAAAAAUUAAACGCAAAUAAGUGAAUAACAAAUUAAAUUUCUAAGCAACCGAAAGCCUUAUAAUAUUAAGUUGUUCAUGAACAAUUUUGUAAUUACGCUAGACAUACAUAUAUACAUACAUACAAACAUACACACAUACGUAAUCGACACAUUUGUAUGCAACUUAUUUGCGUGUGUUAGUCGAAGCAGUGCAUACGAAAGUUUCGUUUAUCCUACCUUUAGUUAAAUUUUAAAAGUUAAGCCUGUAUGUGUACCUCCUAAAGCAGUAGUAGUUGUUAUUUGUUCUUGUACAAGUUUUUAAGUUUGCCUUGUUUGUAUUAUUCUUUCUUUCCGAUGUGUCCGUUGUUGACGCACUGUCCAACACAUUUCCAAUUUACAUAAGUAAAAUUAGGCUCUUUAUUUGUAAUCUAGUUUUUAAAAAUACAUACAUUUUGCUAUAGUUACUAACCGAACGUGAAACUGUGAGCUAAUCCCAGACCUUUGUGAACAUAAAAAGUCCUUAAAGCAUCCCUAUUACACUAAACGCUAUUCAUAAAACAAAUUAUGAUACUUUAAGUUAAGUGAAAAAACUUGAACAAGCUUUCUAAUGGGUUUGCAAAGUACAACAAACCUUAAAAGAUAGUUUAUUGUGAGAGAAGGAAAGCAAGAAAAAUGCACUAUGACCAACUGCUCCAAAAAUCCUUUCUUCUAAGCUAAAAUACUUGCGUAUACGUUCCAUUCUCUAGUACAUAAAGCGCCGAAACAAAGAAGU